AUGAAUUAUCAUAAUUUAAUAAAUGCAAUCGUUGUAUUAAAGUCAAUUAACCUAUACAUAUUACAUUUGACAAAAUAAUUAUUUCAAUAUUUCAUAAUUAAUUUAUUUUAUCAUUAUAUGAUUAAUUAUUUCGUGUAUAGAUAAUGGACGACCAAAGAUAUAUGGUGUGCGAGUUUCCAAAUGAAGAAGAUAGCAUAUCUAUUGGAUAUUUAGAAUGGCUGGAAAAUAAAUUCACAAACAUUGAAUUAGAUGAUGUAAUUAAACGCGGGACGAUAGUGAAAGUUCGAUGGCCAAAAGACUGUGAUGUGGGCCCUGUAGCAACAACAAUGAAAAAAAAAUUGGCCAAUUGUCAAUGGGAGGUGGUUGCAACAAAAUUACGGGCAUAUGGAGGAUGGAUUAAAAUGUGUGAGAUCAGAGACAAUUUAGAAAAGUAUGGUAUCACUGAACUUGACAGAAGUAAUAGAAAACAGUUCACGAGUAAAAAUAACCAUACAGAAUGUGAUAGUAAUGAUGAAUCAGGAGUAAAAGAAACAAAAAAGGAUGCGAAACAAAAGAAAUGUAUUCUAAAUGUAAAAAAAGGAAAAGAACUUUUAAAACAAUACAAACACAAAAAGCAGAAAUAUUCGUCACAGAAUAAAUCGAUAGAUAUCAGCGACGACGAAUCUGGUGAAGAAAACGAAAAAUCUCUCAUUCAUAAACAAUCAAAGUCACAAUUAAAAGAUACAGUCAUUGUAUUAAAUGAGGAAAACAAAAGAUUACGAAGAGACAAUGAAAGACUGCGCAAAUUACGAUCUGUCAACGAAGAUUUGCCAAAGAUAGAUAAAUUUAUGAAAGAUGUUACGGCCGACUUGCAAUGUGCUUCAUGGAAAACCGAAUUUCUCAAUAAUCAGAUUGAUAAACUGCAACAGAAAGUACAAGCAAUAAGUAACUGCAUUAUUGAACGUGAGCAAGAUUAUACUCCGCCUCCAGCAAUGACACUAGAGUCUGAUCCGAUCUGGAUCAGCAAUAAGUUGGAUCUACCAAACAAUAAGUUAAAAUCAUUUCGAAAUCAAAUCGAUGUAUCGCCUGCAACAUUGAUAGUGCAAAAUAACGAGUUAGAGCCAAUUGUAAGUAGCGAUAAGUUAAUACGAGUAAAAUCGUCUCAAAGAUCGGAUACAGAUGAGUUUCGUGAAUCAACAUCCUCACGUGAGUCGAAACCUUCGACAUCCGGACAUAUUCUACCGCAAAAUUAUAACCGAGAAUCAUCACCGGAAGAUUUCUUUGAUACUCAUCCAGACGUUAGAAAUAAAAAUAUAAAAGUAGUCAACACACAUGAAUUGGAAAACGUACACGAAUCGAAUGCAGUAGAUAAAAUAAAGCCUGCGGAUAAGCAUCAAUCAAUCGCAGAAAAAACAGUCGACCUGGGAGGACCAGAACUUUGUGUGGUGAAUGCUACUCGUCUUUCUUUGUGCAAUCACACAUCUGCCUCUAAAUUGAUAUGCGAGAUGAUGUCAUUGUUAUUUUCAAAAAAAGAGUUGGCUACUUCCUCGCUUACAGGAACUGUGGCAAAUUUUCAUUGCGAAAAAGGUGUAGCCGCUAAAAAGAAACUCGAUACGGUGAAAAUUGAAGCUAUGAAAACAUACGUUAAGAACAAAUUUUCAUCAGAAAAAGAUUUUGAUAAAAUAUUCCGGAAAGCAGUGCAACAGAAGUGCAAUAAUGCAGUUCCUCGAAAUAGAGGGCCAAAUAAUAAAGGAGAUGAAAUUAAGAAGUAAGCCAGCUAUGUCAAAGCGAAGAAAAAACAAAGAAUGAUUAAUCUAAAAUUAUUAUAUU